CGCUCGUUCCAAUUACACCCCCUUCCCUCCCCCGAGGUCACAGUCCCUGCGCCAUGUCCUCCUUCAGCUCAGUCCUGCCCACUGCGGCACGGGGGUUGGCCUCUUCAUGUCGAUCUUCCUUGCGGCCUGUUCCUUUGGCCCCGGUUGUCUACAGACCUCAACCGAUCCGAUGGGCUAGUUCAUCCAAAGGGAGCAGCAAGAAAUCCAGCAGUCAAUCCCAAUCCAAGAAAAAAGAGAAGCCUACCAAGAAGCAUGCGAAAGAAUUCUUUCAAAGGGACCUGAAGCCUAUGGAGCAGUUUGCGCUAUGCGAUGCCAUGAGAUAUAUCCGCGCCUUCGAAGUCGGCCGCGAGCCCACUGUUGCCAAAUACGAAGUCCACGUUCGCCUGAAGACCAAGCGAGACGGUCCUGUUAUCCGCAAUAUGCUCCGGUUCCCUCAUUCGGUGCAGACGGAAUCUCGAAUCUGCGUUAUCUGUCCCCCCGGUUCGCGACACGAGAAGGAAGCGCGCGCUGCAGGUGCCGUCCUAGUCGGAGAACAAGAGGUCUUUGAUGCCGUGAAAGCCGGCAAGAUCGAGUUUGAUCGCUGUAUCGCCCAUCCGGAUAGUAUGGAGGCAUUUAGCAAAGCGAACCUGGGCAGGAUCCUCGGUCCUCGCGGUCUGAUGCCCAGCGCAAAGACGGGUACUGUGGUUGAAGAUGUGGCCGCCCGCGUCGAGAUGCUGCGUGGUGGCACGGUGUACAGAGAACGUGAUGCUGUCAUUCGCCUCCCCAUCGGCCAGUUGGGCUUCUCCCCCGAGCAGCUACGGGACAACUUGCGUGCGACCUUGGAUCAGAUCAAGAAGGAUGCUGCCCGAAUGAAUGACCGCAUUACCAAGGAGGUCUACGAAGUGGUCUUGAGCUCCACCAAUGGCCCUGGCUUCAGCUUGAACGGCGAGUUCAAGUCCGAUCAAUCCGUCGAUACGGCUGCCAUGCAUGGCGCGUAAAAUAGCUUUUUGCAUUUUCCGGGUGUACAGAAUAUGUUUCAUUAGGCAGGACACGGUGUAUAAUGGUAUUGUUUGACAUAAGUCUUCAAAGCAU